UCUCUUCCUUCUUCCUCCGCAGAAGGGAUCUGCCUCCUCAAAAAGUAAGGGAAUAAAGAAAACGCUGAACCGCCGGUUCGAGGAAUAUUGGAACCGAUUGUUCGUCGUCUUCUUGUUUGCGUUUGCCGGAGGCUUUCACAGGUAUUGCUGCUGUGUUGCUUCCCUGGGUAUGCUGCGCUCACUCCGCCAUUCUCACUGCUCUACUGUCACUGCUGUAGUUGCAUCUUCCCGUUAUUUGAAGCGCCGUGUAUUUUCUCAUCUCAAGGUGUUUGAUAGUUUCUACUUCUUGGAGGCAGCCCCGGCCGCAUUUCCUAUAGGUGCAGAUGCUUCCAGCAGCUCUGUGGAUUCCAGAAGGAGUCCAAAUUCUGCUGUAUUGGUUCGAAAGGGACAAGGACAGACCAAACUUGUGGAUAAUCUACGGCACAAGCCUGGUGCUUCCAUUCAACUAGAACGAGCCGUGGAAUUAGCCGACCUUGAGAGAGUUAGAAGACCGACCACACCCUCCAAGUUUUCGGUGGUUCAUAGCGCUUCACAAAAGUGUCUCGAAGAGUCUGUACAAGCGGCAAUCAAAGUCAAGAACUAUCAGAAGCUACCGGAGCUUUUUAACGACUCAAAAGAGGUUGGCCGAAAUCCAAAUCCUUUCUCGUUUCUCUCCAGAGUCUCAGACACCGAACAAAUCAAUGUGGUUGACGAAAUCCUACAGUCUCUUAUACAUAUUCGACCUCGAUCUCGACCUCUUGCAGUUUAUUCCUCUCUUCUUUCAUAUGUUCUUGAAAUUCAAAAUUCCCUCCCUCUUGCACUAGCCAUCAUACAACGAAUCCUCCGAUCCGGCUGUCUACCUGUCCCGCAGACGCAUCUCUUGCUUUCCAAAGCAUGGGCUGAGCGUCGUCGCCAGAAAUCCACGAGCGUUUCAGCUCUCCUACUAGAAAUGGAGUUGAUCGGGUACACUCCCGACUGCGGGACUUGCAAUUACCUAAUUCUAUCUCUGUGCAGGAUUGAUCAAUUUCAGGAAGCAGUCGAUGUCCUGCGCGGGAUGGGCAAGGCGUGUAUUCCCGAUGUGGACAGCUACGGUAUCUUGAUCGGCGAACUGUCUGAGGCUAGGAAGAUCCGCGAGGUUGUAGAGAUGGUGAUGGAAAUGGUGGGCGGGCACGGUCUGAGCCCGAGGAAGGAAAUGGUUUUGAAAGUGCUAGGCGCAAUGCGCACCAAUAGAGAGAUAUGGAGAGCGGCAGAAUUGAUCGAGUAUUUAGAAAGUGAAGGAGUGCAUGUCGAUUUCGAGGCCUAUGAAUUGGCCCUCGAGGGAUGUUUGGAGGAUCGACGAUGUGUUUUGGCAGGAAAGGUUGCUGUAAGAAUGGCUGGAAGAGGAUUCAUCCCGUACAUCGCGGUACGGCAAAGAGUAGUCGAGGGGCUGGUUGCCAUUGGCGAGGCAGAGCUCGCCUCGACUUUAAGACAAAGGUUUGCUGAUUUGUGUUCAUAAUCGUCGUUUGAAAUUGAUUUAAAACGAUCGAUUGAUUUAACCUUUUUGUUUAAAUAGUAUUUUAAUAUGAUAUUUAGCUGCAAUAUGUCUUGGAAAAAGAUCAUUUUUGUUUGCUUGUAUAUAUAUAUAUAUAUAUUUCAAUUUGUCUCCA